AAAAAGGCUGUCCCGCUACCGGAGCCAAUUGCGUGGGUGUGUCAUCUCUCAAUUGCGAGGCUUCAACUUGCUGUUCCAGCGACCCAAAGAUGGAUGGCCACCAGCAAAGCCAGAAGGAUCCUUUGGAAUUUGCCAGGAGUGAGUCGAAAAACUCACCGGAUAGCAAUUGGAUUGUGCAGAAGUUUGGAGGUACCAGUGUUGGGAAAUUCGCAUUGAACAUCAUUGAUCAAGUGGUAUUACCAAGUCUACUCGAACACCGCGUGGCUAUAGUCUGUUCGGCACGGAGUAGUUCAACGAAGGCUGCAGGAACCACGAACCGUCUGUUGCGAGCAGCUCGGGAUGCGGAAGACGCUCUAUCACAAGAAUAUGCUUCCCUUGUUGAGGCAGUCCGGCUCGAACAUAUCCAGGUCGUUGACGAUCAAAUCCAGUCUAAGGUGCUCAAGUCCCGGCUCGUUUCAGAGAUAAACAACGAAUGCGACAAAGUACUUCGAGUCUUGGAGGCUGCACAGACACUAGGAGAAAUAAGCGCACGAUGCGUGGAUAAAGUGAUCAGUACAGGAGAAAAAUUGAGUUGUCGCUUAAUGGCCGCAUAUAUUCAAGACCGCGGGGUGGAUUCACAGUACGUGGAUCUAGCUGAGGUCAUCGACUUUCCUAUUUCGAAUCAGGGCCUCGACCAGGACUUCUACAAUAAUCUCGCUGCAGCUCUUGGCCGAAAGAUUCGGGCUUGUGAAAACAAAGUACCAGUUGUUACUGGCUUUUUUGGAACCGUGCCCGGGGGCCUCCUCGAUCAGAUUGGCCGCGGUUAUACUGAUCUCUGCGCCGCCCUCGUUGCUGUUGGAAUAGAUGCCAAGGAACUUCAAGUCUGGAAAGAGGUCGAUGGAAUAUUCACCGCAGAUCCCCGGAAGGUGCCUACUGCACGCCUUUUACCUGCAAUCACGCCAGCUGAAGCAGCUGAACUGACAUUCUACGGUUCGGAGGUAAUUCAUCCCUUCACCAUGGAGCAAGUCAUCCGCGCCAAGAUUCCAAUUCGCAUAAAGAAUGUUAUGAACCCAAGAGGUGAUGGCACCGUGAUCUUUCCAGACUCUACUUUCGAAUUGGAGAAGACAACUCCAGGCCAUGAUCCGAGGCUAUUCCGUACCCGCAGCCCUAGUCUUGUGCAGCGGCCUAAACGCCCAACGGCGGUAACGAUUAAGCACAAGAUAUUGGUGAUUAAUGUACAUUCCAACAAACGUUCGCUCUCACAUGGAUUUUUCGCUGGGAUAUUCUCCGUUCUCGACAGGUGGAGACUUUCAAUUGAUUUGAUCUCUACGAGCGAGGUUCAUGUCUCGAUGGCUCUUCAUUCGGAAAUGCCUCUCCUCAAUGGAGUCGGGAGGGAUGAAUAUCAAGUUAUUGAUGAAGAUCUCAAAGGUGCUUUGCGCGACCUGCAGCGAUAUGGUACAGUUGAUAUCAUCCCCGAGAUGGCAAUCCUUAGUCUUGUCGGGAAACAGAUGAAAAAUAUGAUCGGAGUAGCUGGCCGGAUGUUUUCUACCCUAGGUGAGAAUAAUGUCAAUAUUGAGAUGAUUUCCCAAGGUGCAAGUGAGAUCAACAUCUCAUGUGUCAUUGAAGAGAGAGACGCUGAUCGUGCCUUAAAUAUCAUCCACACCAGCAUGUUCACGUUCUUGGACUGAAAAGUGCUCUUUGUCUUCCCUUAUACUUUUGCGUCGCGCUACCUUCCAGAUUUUGUGUCCGUCUCUAACGCUAUGAUGUCCAUAAUCACCCUUAUGUCUUUCCAAACUACAAGAGUCACGUGCAUAUAAACAGCUGUGUAGUUGAUCAUGCUUCUUUCCUCCCUUUCUUUCUAUCUCCUUUUUUCCUUUCGUCGGUUGCAGGUCCGUCUAAUGCAGAUAGAUUCUUGGCUUUCCUUGUAUGCCCCAGGUUGUUCAUGUAUUGGCGUCAAGUUCAUUUUCUCUGGUCUACCGGGGUUGGCUUACCUUUAUACAUUUUUUGAUUUAUCUGUCCUUUUUGUCUAUUAUAGAGUUUCAUUUCCUCGCAAUACCUCUCCCAUUAUUCAUAAGGAAUGUUUCUAGUUAAGUUUUCUUCGGUUUAUUCAUCACAUUGCUGAAUAACUAACUAGUCAUCUAUCAGAAUGGCUUAGUUAUAUGGCGAGGUCCGGAUGUCCAGAUUAAUUUUGCUUCCAAU